GGAUACACGCAUUUAAAUAAACAUCACAUCAUUCACAUCACAUGAGAAUUCCUAAUGGAAUAUUUCUAGUGGCCAAGGACAAGCAGGUAGUGGGGAGGUGGUGGCAGUGGAGAAGUCAAGGAUGAAGAUUAUAAAAGGGGGUUGAUGACGAGCUACACGCAUCAGUAUAAUUAUUUCAUUCAAACAGCAGGGUUCUGUCUGCGGUUACAACAAUGAGAAAGAUGAAGUUGUCGUUAAAGAAUGUCGUACAGAUACUUGUACUCAUUGUAGUUAUGACUAGAGUAGAAUCAACCAGGGUACCAGGAAUAAGAGGAAUAUCCAAAAUACAAGAGAUUCCACAAUACCGUUUUCACUACUAUGUGCAAGAUAAUAAACCUACCUUGGACUACAAACCACCACAAGAAGAAAACAAGAAUGGAGAAAAAAUUGGAUCAUAUUAUAACAUAGCUGAUUCUAAUGGAGAUAUGAGGAUUGUUAAUUACCGUGUUGAUAAAUCUAAUGGAUUACAAACGGAUGUUAAUACCAAAAUUGGUGCUUCACCGUUCAAGAUAUCUUUAAACAAUCCUGUAUAUGAUACACAAACUGAUGUUUCAAAGGAAUCAACUGUGUCUUCAGAAGCAUCGCCAAUUAUUGUAGAACCCUUAAAUACACAAGAACAAAUAUCUAUAAAACCAAUUGAGAUGGACUCCAAAGAUGAAUAUAAUUUGGCAGAGAGCACUGAAAAGCCUAUUAAAAUAACAGAACAUGUCAGCACAAACCAAACUGAAGAUCGUAAAGAUGAUGUAAAAGACGAACAGGCAACGGAUCAAAUAUUAAUUCAAGACGAGGGAAUCACAAUUAAGCAAACAGAAUUUACAAUUCCUUUUAAAAAACCAAAUCCAGUAAAUACAGAUGAUUUCAAAUAUAAUGAUGAUGAAGCUAUGAAAAAAGAUAUUGUUAAAAUGAUACAAAAUAUCAAUGGAGAUCAUGAGCAGACUGAUCCUCGGUUAAAUUUUAAUAGUGCAUUAUCUGAUAAGCCACUAAAAGUAGUUGAAACUGAUUCUAUAGAAAUGGAACGGCAAGAAAGCUAUCAACCAAGUCACGGACAUUUAAAAUCCAAAAGCCAACAAUUAUCAAACAAACCAUUGAGGUUAGUUGGAUAUAAUCCAUCAAUUUUUGGAUCAUUAUAUGAUACACAAGUUAAUUACAAUCGCCCAUCACAAAUUCAACAACCACCAAAUUCGUUUAACCAAGGUUAUUUUGCGGGUUUCGGAACCCAUGGAGAUAUUAAGCAACAGGCAUAUGAUAAUUCUGGAAUUUACUAUUCUCAACCAAGUUUGACCACUCCACCAGGAAGUUACAAAGGAAGUCAGAAGUCUACUCUGCAAACACAAACACAACCACUUUAUUAUUACGAUCCAAAUUCAAUGGUUAUGUUACCAGUAUAUACCAAUAUGAUCCAAAAUGAUUAUUCCAUAACAGAAAAUAAGCCUCAACCAAUUCAACAACAAGCAGAUUCUGGUAAAAGUGGUUUUAAUUUAAUGCACAUUAUAAGUGGAGGCAGUUUUUACAAGGGUUCAGAACAGGCAGAAGGUUCCCAACAAGUGACAAUAAAAGACUCAAUAAAACCAGAACAUAAUAAAUUUGAAAAAUCAAAACCAUUAGAAACACAUGACAAAUUCAAACUAUUAGAAACACAAGACAAAUCCAAACCAUUAGAAACUCAUGACAAAUCUAAACCAUUAGAAACACAAGACAAAUUAAAACCACCGCAAACAUUGAUGUUUUAUUUGAAUCCAGGUGAACCACCAAUAGAUUUAAAAUCACUGACAUCAAGCCCAAUGCAUCUAACAUUUGGUCAACCACCACAAGCUGACUGUAAUGGCAAAACAGUUAAAGCCCCAACAGUUAAAGCAAACAAACCACUUCAACCUAUACCACUUUGUUCAGAUUGUGUGCCAGCUUUGGGAAUUAUGGGUUUACCAAGUACUAAAUCAGCUGCAGUUCAACAAAAGAAAUCAAUCGCUACACCCCAGGUUAUGCCAAUAUGGAAUGGGCAAACUGUUUCAAAAUUAAACUACUUAAUCCUACCCACUCCAAUUACUAAGUAAUAAAAUAAAAUAAUUAAUUAAUAAGUAAUAAUAUACAAUGUAAAAGAUGACUGAUAAUCAUUUUAAAAUUAUAAUCUUAUAACAAACCUAUGUUUAAUUUCAUAAAUAAAUAAUAAUUUUUAAAUAAUGUU